GAACGGAUCUAGCUUCCAUGAAGCUAACCUCAGGUGGCCAGCCUGACAUUCCAUGGAUCCUAACAUGCCAAGCCUCCAGCUUCUCCGAUCCAUGUGAUGUAUCACCAUCUCGAUCCAUACGUUCGUUAUAAAGUACACAAGAGCCGGAUGGGAAGGUAAGCAACAGCAGGAUCAAGAAGAACAACAAGAUCACAAGUUGGUUUCUAGUGAGGCCUUGGUUGCAUAGCAGUGGCCGAUUAGAUAGCCAGCCAUGGCAUUGCUGCCAUCCUGUUGUCGGCAUUGCCUGCCAGCGGUCACAUGGCUUCUUAUUGCCAUGGCUGCGACGACUGCCGUGGCAUCGCUGUACAAUGACAUAGAGCAGACGUGGGGCGCGGACCACAGCUUCUUCUACAUGGACGGCGACGGCGACCAAACGCUCGCUCUCUGCCUCGACGAGACCCGCGGCUCGGGCUUCCAAUCCAAGGAGGCCUACCUCUACGCCCGCUACGACAUCGACGUCAAGCUCGUCGCCAACGACUCCGCCGGCACUGUCACCACGGUCUACCUGAUGCCGGACGACGUGCCGUGGGAGUACCACGACGAGGUGGACAUGGAGUUCCUGGGAAACGUCACCGGCGAGCCGUACACGCUGCACACCAACAUCUUCGUCAACGGCGUCGGCCACCGCGUGCAGCAGUUCCGGCUCUGGUUCGACCCCACCGCAGACUUCCACACCUACUCCAUCGUCUGGAAUCCCAAGCACAUCAUAUUUCUUGUGGACGGCGUGCCGAUCCGUGACUACGAGAACGACGCGGCGCGCGGCGUGCCGUUCCCGACGUGGCAGCGGAUGCGGCUGUACGGGACCCUGUGGAACGCCGACGACUGGGCGACGCAGGGCGGGCGCUUCAAGACGGACUGGACGCAGGCGCCAUUCUACGCCUACUACCGCAACUUCAGCGUGACGCCGUGCGUGCCGUCCCCCGGCGUGGCGUGGUGCGGCGACGAGCCGCCUGAGUCGGCGUGGUUCGACCAGGGCCUGGACGCGGCAGCACUGCAGCGGUCUCGGGAGGAGCACAUGAUCUACGACUACUGCAGGAAUCCAAACCAGAACACGGAUCAGGGGCUCCCCAGGGAAUGCACCACGGAUUAGUGAGACAACGUGAAGCUUUUUUGUAAAUUAAUUGUAUAUUGUUCAUUUAUCAUAUGAUUCAUAUUUUAGCUUUUUUUUCUCUUUUGAGAUGUAACAAAUUUUCCAUAGUUUGCAUGUAUACGUUUUUAUUUUGGCAGUCGUCCUCUUAUUUGA